AUGGCGGCGGCGGCGGCGGCGGAGCCGCGCGGUGCCGGCCUGGAGGCCGCGGUGCGGGGCGGGCUGCGCCUCCUCCGGGAGCGCUGGAUGCGGGGCACCGCGCCCGCCCCGCCGCCGGCGGCCCCGGACGGCGCGGGGGGAGAGAGCGCCCUGCAGAAGCUGCCGAUCGACUUGCAGCUGAACAUCAUGUCCUUCCUCUCGCCCCAAGAUUUGUGCCGUUUGGGAAGCACGAGUUGUUACUGGAGGGCAGCUGUGCAAGACCCGUUGUUAUGGAGGUAUUUUGUCCUGCGGGAUCUUCCCACUUGGACAUCUAUUGAUUGGAAAUCACUUCCAGAUGAGGAGAUUUUUAAUAAAGCCUUUUCAGAGGUCAGCGACAAUGAACUGUAUGAUUACAUGGCAGUAUAUAAAAGGAGCUGUCCUGAGGGUAGAAGAAGUUUGAAAUCGAUCCGUCCCCGUUAUGGGACUGUGACUUCCUUUUUGCAAUCACUGGUCACUCAGGCAGAACCUCGCUUUGCUAUGUUUGGGCCAGGUUUGGAAGAGCUGGACAACUCUUUAGUACAAAAGAUGAUGACAUGCCCAGAAAUUCUGCUGGUUGCUGGCCUACCUCAGAGACAAAUUCACGGAAUUGGAUCAGGAGUCAGUUUUCAGUUUAACAACAAUCAAAAAUUCAAUAUUGUGACAUUGUAUUCCACCACGAGUGUGGAAAGGAGGAGGGCAAGGGAGGAGCAAGCUGUUGCUGUGAAUAAGAUGUUUUACCAAGAGAACAGCACAGCAGGGAACCAGCAAGCCAUGCACUACAGUGUAAUAGCUCAAGUGAGGAAGGUGUGCGAAGUAGUUGAUGGAUUCAUUUAUGUUGCUAAUGCAGAAGCUCAUAGAGCACAUGAUCGUCAGGAGGAGCUGGCUCGCAUUUCGGCAAUGAUCGAUCCAGCCCUCGGGCCUCCGAACAGACCUCUGCUGGUUUUGUCCUGUGUGUCUGACAUCAGUGUGGAAAGAAUUCCCUGUGUUUACGUGGCACAUCAGUUGCAACUUAAUCUGCUGCAUCAGCCCUGGAUGAUGCAGGACACUGUAGCUGCAACUUUAGAUGGACUGCUAAAUGGAAUUGAGUGGCUCUUGGAAGAAGCAAAUUGUAAAAGUGCCCAGUAGUAAGAUUAGGCAUUGUUGCCCUGUAUAAACCUUUUGGUGUUUUCCCUUUCAGUUAAAGUAAGAUUGUCCUUCCUGCCAGAGUACUGUCAGAAGGGAAAACUAAUAAGGCAGACCCGUAUAUAUUUCACUGCACAUACUUAAAUCCUUAACAUUUUUCCAAAAUUAGAAGUACAAGUAGGAUUGCCUCGAUUCUAGAUGCAACGAAGAAGUGAUUUGAAGGGACAAUCUUGAGUGUUUUGUUGUUUUUCCUCUCCUUUCAACCAGAAGCCUUUAGAGUACAAUCUUUUCCAAUAUAUCCGAUGGUCUAAUAUCUUCUAUAAAUAAAUAUGUAACACUACAUUACUUUAUCAGCACAACCCUGUCACACAUUUAGUAAAUAUAUUCAAUGGAGAUCUUUACAGUGAUACUUCCUGACCGAAGAAAACAUACUGCAGGUUGUACAGUAGGAGGUUGACAGAAAGACAGUAACUCUUGAAUUUAGAAAAGUGAGUUCCCCUGAAUUUUUCUAGAAAAAAUGCCUAGACAAAAAAUAGUGUGGGGAAUUUUCAACCCAGACCAAAUUUCUUAGAAACAAACAAACACUGUUGCAUAUGAAUUGUUGUUUCUUUGUUGUGAUCUUACUUAAACCAACCACAAUAGACUUCAGCAUCUUUUUCUUUCUGUUGCACUGAAAACAUUACCUUGAACUGGAUAUUCCUCUGAUUCCAUGAACAAAUGUUAAACAGGAUCAUUUGGGACUUUUUUGCAUACACAGACUAUCAUGUUUCCCAAAUAGUUGUGGCCAUUUGCAGAUAUGAAUUAUACCUUGAAAUUUUGUAUGCAUUUGCAAAUAGUUUUAUGAAAAGCAAAGCAACAUUUUAAAGCUGGAAAUUGUGUUUUCCAUAUAGAUGUCUUUCAGGAUAGUCAUCAUCUUCCACCUUUUCAUGUUUUUACUAUUGGGUGAAUGUUCAGAAACUUCACUUGGAUUUCUUGCUAGGGCAUUUAUUUGCUUUAUUCUGGGCUUUUUGUUUUAUUUUCUCCUAUCAUCAUGGAAAUUCAGGUGUCUCGUAGCUUUUUCUUGGAACCCUAGAUAAAUGAUUGCAUAUCACACAUACAGCUGUAACUGCCCUCAGUCUGGGAUACUUGAGUGAUGAUCAACACAGCCAUGUCAGAAACAUUUCAUUUGAGAAGAUGUUUGGGAUUUUUUAAUGAAAGUAGAAAGUAUCUCCAUCUCCUUUUUUUUCAUCUUUAUACACAAUUAAUCCAUUUUCCCAGUUUUUUUGAUGUCUCCUAAUCAGGGACAAGUGUGAGGUUAAGGAGAAAAUCCAAAGGAACAUUACAAUGAAAAUUCUGUGGUUUAUACUUUUUUUUUUUUUAAUAGUGUAUGUGUUUUGCCCUUUAAAACAGAGCAGACCCAACAGAUUUAAGUGUUUGGAGUAAAAUUCCAUGCUUUGUGACUGGGUGUAUUUUCCUCCUAAUCACAUUAAUUUCAUAGUGGUCUGUUUGUAUGGGAUUGAAUGCAGCAACCUGAUGCUGUGUUUGCAACUACAAAUAUGCAGGGUUUAUCGAAGAUCCUCUUUCUACUUUCUUCAUCAGGAAUAAAUACUUUUUUAAAGAAUGA